AUGGACAUGGACCCUAAUCAUUGUUUGGUGGGGCAAGGUUCUAGUGAGAAUGUUGUUCGUGCAAAUAUUCUCAAGGGAGAAUGUCUACUUGAAGAUCCUUCGUCUCUAGAAUUUCCUUCUCUCUCUUCCUCGAUUCAUGUGAAAAAGACCGGAGUAAAUAGACCACACCCAGGAGGUGUUGGCCAAAGACCCUUCGAUGCCUAA